AGUCCAAAUGCAUUUAGUUUCAUUCGAAGCUUUGUUUCGGCCACAACUAUGAUCGGUGUUUCGCUUUUGUUUGUUGUUUCUCUCGUUGUUGUUGUUGCUGCCGGCUGGUUAUGGCUGCGUAAAAAACAAAACUACUGGAACAGGUUCAACAUACUCACCGUGGAUGCCAGUGCCUUGCAUCAGAUCAGGGAACGGGAACAUGUGGCCUUUGUUUACGAGAGGAUCUAUAAACAGUUGAGAGAGGAGCAACGACCCUAUGCCGGGUUCUUGACAAUGUUGACACCCACCCUAUUGGUGGCGGAUCUUGAUCUGCUGAAGCUGGUGUAUAUCAGUGAAUUUGAUUCCUUUCCCGACAGGGGGUUCUAUGCAAAUUUCAAAGAUGACCCUCUGUCCAAGAACUUGGUGAGACUGCAUGGCGAUCUGUGGCGUAAGGUGAGAACCAAGUUAACACCCACCUUUACCUCGGGACGCAUGCGUCAAAUGUUUGGCACUGUGCAGGCCAUUGGUGAGAAUUUCAUCCAGGUUAUGGCUGGCCAGGUGGAGGAGCUCAACAAUGAGCUGGAGGUUCGAGAUUUAUGUGCCCGUUUCACCACCGAUGUCAUUGGAAAUGUAGCCUUUGGCCUGGAGUGUAAUAGUCUGCAAGAACCCCAGGCGGAAUUUCGGGUCAAGGGUGACAAGGCAUUCUACACCAUACAUCCGUUUAUGGAAAUGAUUGCCUCCACCUAUCCCAAACUGUUUCAUCGCUUCGGCUACAAGGUCUUUACCCAGGAGCUGAUAACAUUUUAUUCGAGGAUUGUAAGGGAGACUGUGGAAUAUCGCGAGAAAAAUGGGGUAAAGCGUAAUGACUUUUUGGAUCUACUGAUUGAGCUGAAGAAUAGCCCCCUGGAGGGGGAGGCAGAAUAUCAACUGGAUAUGGAGGACAUAAUUGCCCAGGCCUUCGUUUUCUUUAUUGGUGGGUUUGAGACCUCUUCGAGUACCAUGACAUUUGCCCUCUACGAAAUGGCCAAGAAUCCGCAGGUGCAGGAGAGAGCCCGCAAGGAUGUGCAGGACACUUUGGAGAAACACAAGGGGGCCUUUGGCUAUGACAGUCUGAAUGAUAUGGGCUAUGUAAGGCAGGUGGUGCAGGAAACCCUUCGCAAACACCCUGUUGCACCCACAGGCAGGCGUGUCUGUCGUCGUCCCUUCACCCUGCCAGGCAAGCCAGGUCUCACCGUCGAACCCAGUGUUCACAUCAUCAUACCGGUCUAUGCCAUUCAUCACGAUCCGGAAUAUUAUCCCCAGCCGGAAGUGUUUCGUCCCGAACGUUUUGCCCCCAACGAAAAGGGUCAACGUCAUCCCAUGACAUAUCUGCCAUUUGGCGCAGGACCUAGGACAUGUAUUGCCGAACGCUUUGGUAUGAUGCAAACCAUGAUGGGUCUGGCGUUGCUGCUGAAGAAUUUCAAAUUUUCGCUGUGCGAUCGAACGGUGAAGCAAUUGACCUUUGACCCUUUUAAUGUGCGAGUCUUCAACACCAAGGAGGGGAUUUAUUUGCGGGUGGAGAAAAUUUAAAUAAAGUGUAAAGUUCUGCAUUUUUGUUAAAUGUAUUUAUUUU